AUGAUGAACGAACUCAUGCACCAAUGUCCUAUCACAUUUGGAUAUUCAUGUGGUAUCAUUGCAAUGAUUAUAAUCUCAUUACUGGGCAUUCUUCCUCCGAUUUCUCUCGUUUAUUAUAAAAAAGCAGUUUUUCAUGACUUCGAAUUAUGGAGACUUGUCACAGGCCUUUUUUAUUUCGGAAAACCGGACUUUAUGAUGCUUAUUUCCUUGGCGUUUAGGAUCAAAUUUAUGCAUACAUUAGAAACCACAGUUUACAAUCAACGCAAGUCAACAUUCUUAUUCAUUAUACUCUUGAUGAUUAUUCCAGUGUACAUUUUAUCUGACGUUUUUGGCUCAUUUUCUAGCGCCUUGUCUUUAUCUGAAGCAAUUGAAAUGCUAGCUGGAAAGUUAAUGCAGGCUAACAUGCUAAUUUUUGGAAUUAUACCUAUACCAAUCAGAUUUGUACCAAUUUUCCAGAUUUUCAUGUCCGUUGUUCAAAAUCAGAGUCCAAUCCCAAUCAUUAUUGGAAUUUUAUCAGGACAUUUGGUAUUUUAUUUAUUAUAUAUCUUCCCAGUUAUCACAAAGACUCCAAUAUUUAGGACUCCAAACUUUUUACGCCAACUUCUUGACUAA